GGCUCAGCCAGGCGGCUCCAAGUCGAUGCUCGGGCAGUUGCUGUUGGACCGUCGCACGUAACGCACGCUGCAGCGGAACUACUGGGUUGUCGUUCGGAUCGGAAUUCGCAUCGAGUUUGGGCUUCGGUUUCGGCUGCUUUCGGACUAAUCGGUCGGUUUGGUCCGCUUGAUCGGUUGCCCAACUGCAAACUCGGCGGCCUGCAUUCGGCACUUGUGAUUGAUGGACUGCAGUUGCUCCGCAAACUCUGACCUCUGAGCCCGGACAAUCAUCAGGUUCUGUGACUUGAGCGCCCUGCUUUUUAUGAGGGUCGUCUCGCUGACCGAUUCCAAAAACGACCAUAAACGGAGAAUAUAUCAAAUAAAAAGUCCAAUUUCGGUUUUUUUUGUUGCCGGUUUUCGAUUUAGCAUUUCGCAUUUCUCGAGCUUGUCGACGUCGUGUGCGCGGUCUUCAUAAAUUAUAAAAGAGCGCAUUUCGCGAACGACUUGCAAAUAAAUAAGCAUUUACGCUUUUAUUAUUGCCCGGCGUGUGUGUGUUCGUUGUUGGUGAGAGUGUGUGUGUUUUUGGAGCGGGAGCCGCAGUUCCUCGGAAAAAGCUCCCAUGUGGCGCAAGCCGGAGGAAUAAAAUAAAACCGAACCGAGCGCUCCCCACUUAAAAUAUCAUCUUUGCAUACAAUCAACAUCUAGCCAUAAAAGUGUCUUCGUCCUAUGAGCAUUUCGGGAUCCGCUCUGAUUUGUGUGUGCUGAUAAGCCAGUGAUUGCCCCAAUCCGCGCUCCUCGCAGCCCCACAUAAAGAUAUCUGAAGCAGAAAAUGCUUAGCUGUCUCGGAGACACCGCGGCGUAUACUUAAUCUUGUCAACGGGCCAAAGCACGGCUAAGCAAACAUGAACUGCCUCUGUCGCCCAUCACGGAUUAUGUCCGUGCGCAUUAAUUUGCUGGAUGAAACCGAGUUCAUACACGAGAUCAAGGAUGAUUUGCCCGGCCAGGCUCUGCUGGAUGUCGUCUUCGCCAGGCUCAAUUUAAUCGAGACCUCAUACUUCGGCAUACGUUACAUAGACGAGGAGAAUCAGACGCACUGGCUCGAUCCUGCGUCGCGUAUUUCUCGCCAACUCAAGCCCAAGUCGGAUCCUUAUGACUUGUAUUUCGGUGUGAAGUUCUAUGCUGCCGAUCCCUGCAAGCUGCUGGAGGAAAUAACCAGGUAUCAACUUUUCCUGCAAGUCAAACAGGAUGUUCUGCAGGGACGACUGCCUGUGGCCUUUGAGCUGGCCGCCGAGCUGGGAGCCUUUGUGGUGCAAUCCGAACUUGGUGACUACGAUCAGCGGCGCCACUCGAAGGGCUAUGUGUCCGAGUUCCGGCUGCUUCCUAACCAGAGCAACGAGCUGGAAACCCGCGUCUCCGAGCUCCACCAGCAGCUCAAGGGAAUGUCGCCCUCCAGUGCGGAGCUCAACUAUCUGGACAAAGUCAAAUGGCACGAUAUGUACGGCGUGGAUUUGCAUCCCGUUCUGGGCGAGGACAGCGUGGAGUACUUCCUGGGCCUGACUCCGAGCGGGAUUGUCGUGCUGCGCAACAAGACGACGGUGGCUCAUUACUAUUGGCCGCGCAUUGCCAAAGUUUAUUAUAAAGGACGCUAUUUUAUGCUCAGGAUAAGCGAUAAAAAUAACGAGCUGAGCACCUACGGAUUCGAGACGCCUCGCAAGUCGGCCUGCAAGCACCUAUGGCGCUGCUGCGUGGAACACCAUGCCUUCUUCAGGCAGGUGCGAGUGGCCCCUCUGCCCAGUUCGCAGUCGCAUGCCGCCGAUUUGUUCCAACUGGGAUCGCGCUUCAGGCACAGUCGCCCGGACAAGCAAACGGAGAAGGAUGCACUUUCCGCCGGACGAUCGCCGCCUGCCUUCACCCGUACUCCCUCGAAGCGCCAGCCGCGCCGCGUGAUUGAUGACUUUUUUAACAGCAACGGCAACGGCAAUGGAAAUGGCAAUGGCCAUGGCCAUGGAGCAAGUGGCGCGGGAACAUUAGGAGGCGGCAGCCACAUGGGCAACAGGCCGCUGCCCCAGCCCGGAAUGGGCACCAUCUCCAACAACUACGACAGCCCCUAUCGCUCCACCUACAGCAUACCCACCAGCUUGGGCAUCAGACCUUGCCAUCAGCAGCAGAACAACAACUCCAGCAGCUACAACAACAACAGCGGGGGCAACCUGCAAACGCCUGACUCGCCGAGAAGCACCCGGAGUGCUCCCUGGCCGCGCUCCCAGCAGAGAUCCCUCUUCGGGCACAAUCCGUCGAGUCCGCGAUCCGUGAGAUCCGCGAGUACGGCAGGCGGUGGACUGCACCACCAUCACAGCCACCACAGCCACGGUCACGGUACCAGCCACCAUCCGCACCACCAAUCCUCGUCAGCGGGAGCCACCUCCUCGACCACGCACCACCACCGUCAGCAGCGGGCCAGCUCCUCAUCCGCCUCCCAUCAGCAGCAGAGAUACCGAUCCAGUUCCGUGGAGAGCCACUCCUCCAAUGACUCGAGGUCCACGCGCAAGCAUAAGCACCGUCAUCGCCGCACCUCAGAUAAUGAAAGCGAGCUUUCCAGAGGAUCAGGUCGUUCCGGAAGAUCAGGACGUUCGCAUCAUCGCAAGCACCGCCGUUCGCACCGGCAUCGAAGGGACUCAGCCGGAGGAUCCGAUCACGACAGCACACGUGGACGCAGCUACUCCGGUCAUCGCAGCUCCUCGAUGAGAAGUGGAAGUGCCGAGCUUAUAGACUCCACAUCGCAGUGGAGGGAAGUGCAACGACGCCAGGCGGAGGCCAGUUUGGGCCAGAGUUCCGUGCAACAGGCAGCGGUUUCCAAGAGCAGCAUGGUGGCCAGGAGUCUCCACAGCAACGAUAGCCACUCGGACACCCAUUCGCACCACAAAUCCAGAAGGCACCGCAAAAACAAAUCCCCAUCGGAAUCACGAAGCCGCAUGUGGAACAGUGAGCUGGCGAAGCACCUACAAUUCGAUCUGGUGGACACGGAGGGCAUGUCGGAGCAGCAGUUACGGGAGAUUCCCUACACGGUGGUAGAGACCACUUCGAAGAGGUCCAACUCUAACUUGAAGAUCCACAAGAGCAACAGCAAGAGCAGUGUGGGAGCCAAGAGCACGGGCUCUGGCAACACCAUUACCAAUGGCAGUGGAUCUGGAAAUGCGGGUCAGGCCAGGAAUCGCGUCGAUCGCAUCAGGGGCACGCAUCCACACGAGGCCAACGGAGGUCCUGGAGCUGGAGGACACGCGCCGAAGAAUGGAUCCAUCCGCUCGGCCAGCACUAUAUCUUCAAGGGAGUGUGAACGGAAUAAUGGUCUAGUUAGAAUGAUGUCCAGCAUGAGCAUGGGUGACUUUAUCUCGCCCACUGGCUCCAAUCUGAGUCCUUUGGAGAACUCGGCUCUGCGGGUGUCCCACGAGCACACUGACUCUGGACUGGGAGCCGAUCAGGAUUAUGCAUACUCAUCGGAAAGAUCCAGCGACAGCACUCGCUAUGGCACCAACAAAUCCUCUGGCGCCUCGAGCGGAUCGCACCGGAAGUCGGGCGGCAGUGCCGGCGGGAACUACAACAACCUGAUGCAGCAGACCGUGAGUAACCAGCAACAGCAGCAGCGCUCGCUGUUCGCGCAGCAGCAGCGCCAGCAGAAGAGCACCUACAAAUACGCCACCUCCUCGCCAUCGUCCACUAACCCAGGGAGCUCCUCGGGACUGGCGCCCGUCCACAACGCGGGCCCGAGUUCCAAUCCCAGCUCCAGCCAAAACCCCAACAGCGCUACUAACUCUAAUCAACAGUCGCCGGCUAAUCGCCUGCUCCACUACACGACCUUUGAGAACAACCAGUACAAGUUCAGUCUGAACAAUGCGCUGGCCAAGAGCUCCAAGGGCGUGGUGAGCGGAGGAGGCAGCAUUAGCAAUCUGGCAGGCAACAUGGUAACAUCUGGUGGUGUCGGUGGUCCAGGUUCUCAAGGUGGUGGUGGUGCUUUCAGCCGGCAGCGCAGCUUCGUGGAGUGGCCCAGCAAUCCGGCGUCGCCUUACUAUUACCAAGGUCCUUCCACGCACGUGGCGCAGGUGAAGCGCCGGGAUGCCAAGUCGGAUAUUGGGGUGCCCACCCGGCGGCUCUCCGGACAGAGUCUGACCAAAACGCAACUCCUGACGGGCGGCGGGAACUCGCAGUUAGCCAAUGCAGGCUGUUAUCCGUUGCACUAUGCGAGCAGCAAUGUUUCGGGCGGGGGCUACAAUCGUCCCUCAGGUCAAAGAUCAGGUGGCAACGGCUCCUCCUCCGGGGGUUUUGGUCUUCAGCCAGCCAAAUCGGACCUCUUCUUAUCCUACAUCCACGGCGGGGAGUACGAAAGACCCUACAUUUACAACUACAAGAUGCCGCAGAUGCCGGGUGGAGCCGGGGCAGCAGCUGGAGCAGGAGCAGGAACGGGAGCAGUGGGCUCCCCGAAACAACAGACCACCGCUUACCACAUUUCUGGGUCGCAGACCGCAGAUCCGCCGCCACCCCCUCCUCCUCUGUACGGCGGCACGGCGCCCGCCAACGACGUCAUGUACUAUCAGUUCGACAAAGGAGCCGCCGUCGCUGCCGGACCUCCUUCCACGUCGUCCUCGUCGCCGCCCAUUGUCCAGCAGCCGCGGCAAACGGGCGGUCCAUUAGUGUAUCUGCAACAUGGCCAGAAUCCAUCUGUGCCCGAGGUGCAGCAGUCAACUACGCACUCCUCGCACUCCUGCAGCGAGGAGGACGAGGCCAUGAUUGUCCUGGAGGCCCUGCAGAUGGAGGCGCAGACCACCAACGACGAGACCGAAGACACCGAAGACGAUGAGGCCGCCGAGGCCGAGGACAUGUUUGAUGCGGAUGCUCCUUUGAUGUCCCCCACGGGCAGCCACAAUAGCUCGAAUAACAAUAACAACAGCAGCGGCAGCGGCAGCAACAACUGCAUCGCCAACAACAACAGCUGCGGCGGCGGCGGCAUUCGUCAAUCCAAUCCAUCGAGCAAUAUUAAUUUCGAUAAUUGCAAUGCGAAUGUCUACUGUGGUCAGCAGGCAAAGCAACUAGGGCCAAUUACCAGCGGCAACCAAACGUUAAAUUGUCCCACAUUGAACGCAAAUGCAAAUGCAAAUGCGAAUGCGAACCCGAAUCCGAAUCUGAAUCUGAACCCGAAUCCGAGUAGCCACACCACCAAUAGUCACUCCAGUAGCCAAGCGAAUGCGAAUGCGAAUCCCCCACCCAACACCACCAACAAUAUCACAGCAGCAACUUUAGUUGCAGGUGCAGCAGUAGCAGCAACUGGCACGGCAGCAACAUCAGCUGCCACCAACCUGCAACAAAAUCAAAACAUUUCCUCCAGCUUAGAGAUAAUCCUUUCGCCAAUUAUCCAAAGUAGUCGACGGUAAGUUUUAUUUUCAGUUCGUUUUCGUUUCGUUUCGGUUGCCGUUGUUCUGUUUGUUGAGUAGGUACAACCUAUUUUCUGUUUUCUGUAGCUAACAAGAAGUAAUACCGAUACCGACCUCUGACCUGCAUGCUAAAACCGAGAAACAACAGAAGUGACUUUUCCUUUAGAGGGAAAUGUAUGCAAAUUUUUUGCUACCCAGGUGGUUCAGCGUUGAGUUAUUGUGUCUAUCUGCUAUUGUUACGGAUUGCAUUGAAGUUCUAGCUUUGAGAUGUUGGCAAAAACAUAAUGAGUUGAAAGCCCUUUGUUCUGUUACCCCGAUUCGUUCUCCCCCGCCAAGCAUUAAACUUUAUUGAACAGCGCGGGAAAUUUAAAAGAACUCAACCCCAAAAACCAGAUACACGACAGCUCCUUUAAGUGUGCGAAAACAAAACGAAACGAAAACAUUAUAAAUUAUGUAUUAAUGUGCCCGUUAGGCCUACGCAACGCGGAAAUGUCGGGACCUCCCAGCUGCCAAUUUUCAAUUGCCUUUGGGCCAAGAUAACAAUCGACUUGGGGGCCAGGACAAUGGCAAAGCCUCUCAGGCAAACAUUCAUUUUCAUUUCAAUUUCGCUUGCCAGCUCCUUGCUUUCGUUCUGGAUUUACAUUUGAUUUGACUGGCUUUCCCCAUUUCCCCCAGUUUUGUGCCUCGACAUUUUUCCGCCUGGCGGGGCAGCACGGAAACGCACAAAUAUUUAUGUAAGCUAGGAAAUUCGACAGCCUCUUUACAAAUGAAUAGGUUAAUGUCAUCGGGGUGGAAUCUGCUCUUUUGUUUACGAGUCCAACUUGGGGCAAAUUGACUUUAAACAUGUCAAUUUAAAUUUUGGGACCCCCAUCCAGCCAGCCAGACAGCCAACCCAGCAGCCCUCAUUAACGGCCACCCGGAAAAGUAUGCUAUGGCAAACGUAGAAAUAUUACUCAUACGCCGCAUUGCACGCAGCCAUUGAAGCAACAAAACGACAAUUUCACAACAAAUUAACCAGCCAGCCAACCAAACAGCCAGCACUCGCAUAUCCGAGUGGAUGUGAAAGCCCGGGACAUUCAUUUCGAGCUGGGAAUUGCAAGUAAAUGACCUUCAAACUCGAUAAGCGAAAACAAAACAGGCGAAAGUGCUAAAAAUAUACAUAAUUUUCAGCACACGAAGACAAAGGUCCCUCGCACAUGCACACAUGAAAAUAUGAUAGGACACAAAACACACCCACAGUCACACAUUAAAGUAUAUGUGUGUGUUGCCGGGUGGGUAAAUGAUAUUUCUGCCGGCUCGAUGGCCCGAUGCCAAUGUUUCUGUGACUCCGACCCGCACAUAAAUACAAAUUUCAACAAAACAACAGGCCACAAAACAAAAAUAAACCCACAAAAAAAUAAGCGAUGAAAGCAAAAAGGCGCAGUGUUGGCAACAACAGGAGCAGCCAGUAAAAAGAACCAAAAAAAAAACAACCAGGCUAGGCAAACAUUUCAUAUCGUAGAAAUACUUUGGAGCCAAAUAAACAACAUUUUGUAGAAGCACAAAAAAGGCAUAACAAACAGUUGAAAGGGAAAAUGGUUGGCCCGAGGGGCUUAGAUGACCUCGGGUUACUCUCUAUUUGAUUAAGAUAAAUAUUUGAGGUCAGCCAAUAUUUGGAAAGUAUUUCGCUGGAAGUUGUUAGAAAUCAAAUGUGAAUAGAAUAUAUAUAAUAUAAAAUAAAUAGGAAAUACCAUGGCUUACAAUUGUUGAUCAAGUUUUGGAAGCUUUAACAAUAUCCAAUGGAUGCUUUAUAAAAAUGACCUUGCAACACUUCACAACUUAUAUGCAGUUCCCUUUGCAACACACAGCCCCAGCUUGGAAAGGGUAUUUCCACAAAGGGUCUGCGUGUUCGACCUUGGUACAACGACUGUUCUUGUUUUAGAUUAGAGCCCCCGGUCUCCCAACCCCUUGGCCCCUGGAAUUCGGCCAUUUGGAGCCCAUCGCGACUUGUAGCUAGGCCACACGCCACCAGCAACAAAGGGACUCGGGGAAACUUUACGCACUUUUGUCACAGAAAGAAAAUAGAAAACGAAAACGAAAGCGGUGGCGGUGGCGCAAGGAAAGUGCUGAAAAUGUGGAAAGUGCCCGAGUGGCAAUCGUAAAUUUGACGCACAUUUUUGCCCGAGGGCGGAGAGAUAAGCUUAUGAAUGGCUAUAUAAAAACUCACCCCAUUUCCACACAUAAUGUGGAGUGACUUUUUUCCAGGAUUUCUUUUUGGUUUAUGAUUAAAUUAAGUAAUUAUUUGUGGAGCGGCGCCAACUGAAAUGAUAAAAAGUAUUCAAUUUGUGGCAGUUGCUGCGAUAAAACUGAAUUUACUGCGGCCAUAAACUGCGUGGCGGCACUUGAACUAUAUUUUUGUAAAUUUAUUUCGAAUUGAAGAGCACCAUAACGCAUACGCACCGUAGUCGCUAGAACAAACUAACAAGCUAUACUCACAACCACACGCAUACAUAAACACAUACGCAUACACUUACACUCACACUUACAUUACCGAGCACUAGAGAACUUAAAUGAGAAAAUCGAAUCAACAAGGAAACUUUUUCUAACAUGUGCAAAUAUUUUCUCUCUUUCUCCCCCACCCCCGAAAACCCUCUUUUCUCCCCACUUUUAUUUUCAUGCCAUGCAAAUGCAACUACUACAAAACCACAAUGCAAACGGCAGAGCGCAAUUGUAAGCGAAAUGAGCACAGAGUUGUGAGAAUUAGCUAAAUUUAAUUUGCAAUAGCCAAAGCCCGCCGACCAUGCCCCUGCAGCAGGAGUAAACUGCUCCUCGAACCCGCCGCCCACUGCAUUCUGCAAACUUUGGUUGCAGCAACAGCAGCAGCAGCAGCAGCAACAGCAACAGCAGCAAUCCCAGCAGCAGCAACU